AGUUCGAGUGUAAACAAGAGGGUAGAGGAAUAGUCUAGAACUGUUGCGAGCUAUUCUUACGCGAAGUUUAGCUAAUAAUAUUAGUACAGAAUACCUGUGUAAAUAUUAUAAAUAUUAUGUACUACAUACAUAAUAACCAUUCAGAUUUUAUUGAGGAUUACAAUUUAUCAAAGCUGUUCUGAUUGUCAUUUUCGAAAAUAUGAGCUAGCUAGCUAGCUAACACGAGCUGCUAAAGUUAUUAUUAUUAUUAUUAUUAUUAUAGAAUAGGUAACGCUGGUGGUUGAUGUUGAAGGAUAAGGGUUUGAAAAGCCUCAAGCCUGGAGUACUUGAAAUGCGAGUUUGAAGUCCGUUAAGGCGCCACCAUGGACACUGUGAAUCCCAGUGAGAAAGACUGUGAAGAGGAAACACUACAGACUGCCUUUAAAAAGCUACGCGUUGAUGCUGAAAGUUCUGUGGCUGCAGUGCGUGUGAGUGAGGUUUUGGCAUCCAAAGCCGGAAUCCGAGUCAAUACAGAUGGAACAAAACCCAAAAUUAUUUCCCCAAAAGAGAACUGGCAUGGAUGCAGUCGAAAGUCUUCUAGGGGCUUAACAAGAAACCAGAGACGCAGAAGGUCCAAGUCUCCAAUCCUACACUCACCCAAAUUCACCUACUGUAGUUCUAAAGUUCAAUUUAAACACAAGAGCCCUACAGAGCUGGAGGACACCAGCAGCUCCCUGCUUGUUCCCAAGAAGAAGGAGCAUUUGUCCCCCUGUGCCCAUUCACCCAUCUUCGGUUCCAUUGGUUAUGACUCCAGUAUUGCUUUGGAAAGUAAAAUUUCCCCUCUGAACAGAGUGGCAUCCUUUGGCAAUGACAGCAGCUUGAAGGAAAAGGAUGAAAGGACCAAAAGUUGUUUAGAGGAGAUUCAAACUCCAGCAGCUGACUUUAAAUCUUUGUGCCAGCUCCAGGAGACUGGUGAAUGCCAGUGCACCAACUGGCAAGGCAUGGAGGUCUACUCAUUCACUGGCCUGCGUGAUGUCAUUUCUGAGUGUGAAAGAAAGCAGCCCAGUUCUCCAGAUGCAGCUCAGAUCACCAGAACAGUUAACGUAUCAUCAACGUCCAGCUCACCACGCUCCUGCUCCGAACAGGCACGCGUGUAUGUGGAUGACAUCACUAUAGAAGAUCUCUCAGGCUACAUGGAGUAUUUUCUCUACAUGCCUAAAAAGAUGUCACACAUGGCUGAAAUGAUGUACACUUAAGCAAAUAAAGUAAUGUUAAGGUACAUGGAGUUGGCAUAAAAAGAAAAAGCUGCAUACUGAAACAUAUUAUAUGAGGGAGGAGAUUACAAAUAAGCAGUGUUGCAUAUACAUAAAAAUUAUAAAAGAUGUGAUUGUUAAUGGAAAAUGGCAGGUAUAAAGUUAAUAGUCAUAAAGUCUGGCUCGUAGUAAUGCGUUUCCAGUUUUUCCCCUCCCCUCUAUUUUUCAAUGUUUCAUUUGUUUUAUGGACAAACACUUUUGAAACCCAUGAGAUUUGCGUACUUUAUUCUUUCCUUCCCUUUCUUUCCGUUAUUUUCUGUGUCAUGUUGCCAAAGCUCUAUUGCAAUUACAGGGUUUGAUUUUUGUGUAUGCAAAAAUGCCACGAAAUCAUCAUGAUCAGAUGUGUUUCUUUAAACUGAAAUAAAAAACAUUUGUUGCUGAAGGAG